UGUCUAUAGCCUCCAUACAGUUGACGAAAUCAAAAUGGCGUCUUUCACGGACUAGUGCAUAUCCGCCGCAUACUGGAAAUAUCGUUUUAAAUAAUCGUGUGUGCAAAUAUAUACCAGUGUUAACAACUAUUUGUGAACAAUUAAUAAGUGUUAAAGUGCUAAACGAACUCACGAACUUAUCAAAAGAAGAUCGAGACGAGUUUCUCAAAGUAAUGCGCGGCGGCAGGACGUGACACGAUGUGCAAAGACGGUUGAGACGCGCGCGCGUCACUCACAGACGCGCACACUCUGAACAACAUGUCGUUUCUAAAUAAUCUUAAAAAGGUGCUGCACCUCGGCGGCGGCAAUGACGCGAAAAAGAAGAAAGUGUUCAACAACAUCCGGGACAACUGCGACCCGGCCGAGAACUGGGACAUGGUCGGCGAGCUCGGCGAUGGCGCGUUCGGGAAGGUUUACAAAGCUCAACACAAGACGACGGGCCAGCUGGCGGCCGCCAAGAUGUGCCUGCUGGACAACGAGGACGACCUGGCGGACUUCACCGUCGAGAUCGACAUCCUCACCGAGUUCCGGCACCCCAACGUGGUGGAACUGCACGAGGCGUACUUUAUAGACAACAAGCUGUGGAUGCUGCUGGAGUACUGCGACGGCGGCGCGCUGGACUCGGUGAUGGCGGAGCUGGAGAAGGGGCUGAGCGAGGCGCAGAUCGCGUACGUGUGCCGCGAGAUGUGCCGCGGGCUGCAGUUCCUGCACGCGCGCCGCGUCAUACACCGCGACCUCAAGGCGGGCAACGUGCUCGCCACCAUGACCGGCGGCGUCAAGCUCGCUGACUUCGGCGUGUCAGCGAAGAACAAGUCGACGCUGCAGAAGCAUGACACGUUCAUCGGCACUCCCUACUGGAUGGCCCCCGAGGUCGUGCUGUGUGAGACCUUCCGGGCACCCUACGACUUCAAGGUGGACAUAUGGUCGCUGGGCAUCACGCUGAUCGAGUUCGCGCAGAUGGAGCCGCCGAACCACGAGAUGACGCCGAUGCGUGUGCUGCUCAAGAUACAGAAGAGCGACCCGCCCACGCUCGAUCAGCCCUCGCGCUGGACCAAGUCCUUCAACGACUUCAUAGCGAAGGCCCUUGUCAAGGAUCCAGAGAAGAGGCCGACUGCGAGCGACUUGCUGAAGCACGACUUCGUGAGCGGCGACCUGGACUCGAAGCCGCUGCGAGAUCUGCUGCUCGAGUACAGGGCCGAGGUGGUGGAGGAGGAGGUGGUCGACGAUGAUGCCGAGGAGCCGCGCAGCUCUCAUAUGCCUAUGGAGAUGGAAGAUGACUCGACGUCGGUCAGGUCGGGCGACACGCCGGACGUCAAGAUGUCGGAGUCGGAGCCGGUGGCGGGCACGACCCCCGCCGCCGCCGCCACGCCCGCCUCCGCCGCGACACCCGCGCCCGCCGCCCCCGCCCCGCCCGCCGCCGCCAAGCGACCGCACGAAGACGAGCACCCGCCCGCUGACAGAAAACCGCCCGCUCCAAAGAAAGAAAAGGGCCCUGCGCCGCCUCCGCCUUCAGCGACGCCGCCUGCAUCCCCGGCGGCGCGAUCGUCGCCUCCGGCUCCGGUGCCGGGCCCGGUCCCCGUCCCCACCCCCGUAGCCCCCGCCGCCGCUCCGCCCUCCAGCGGUCGCAAACAGCCCGCGCCGCCACCGCCCACAGCUGCUGCUCCGCCCGCUUCCACCCCCGCCGCCGCUACCGCUACCGCCACCGCCUCGUCCGCCACGCCCACCCCAUCAGCACCAUCAACUCCAUCAGCCCCAUCGAUCAAUGCCGCCGCCACUGGUAAACAGAUAGUCGAUCAGGUGUGCCGUGACGCCGAAAAAGCAGUAGAAAAUAAGAAAACAGAAACAUCACCGGAAAAGUCGGAACAGAAAAGAACGCCAAAGCACGAAAAUAGAUUAUCGACACCAGAGUCCAAAACGGAACUCAGGAACAACGUCGAGUCACACAGAAGCACAGAGGACAUAACUAGAAACAAAGAAGAAACGCGAAGGAGUAAUGUGGAACUUCGCAUUAUCGAAAAGAAUUAUUCCAGAUCGAGUUCUAUAGACGACGAGAAGAGUAGCGUAGAAAUUAAGAGAAGUCAUUUUGAGAAGUCGCGGUCGAGUUCCGCCGAAGAGAAAGCGAGUAUAGAAAUCACAAAACCUGAGAAGAGACAGUCGAGGUCAAGUUUCGAAGAUGAAAGAUUAGUGGAAGCCAGAAGCUCACAAGUUAUAAGGAAAAAUAUAUCGCGGUCGAGUUCAAGAGAAGACGAUCGGCCGAUCAUCGAAGUAAACAGAGUGAAUGCUGAGGUCAGCAGGUUAGAAAAGAAUUACUCAAGGUCUAAUUCCGUCGAUGAGAAAGAAAAAGAGUUAGAGAGAAGAAGAGAAGAAAGGAGAAAAGAAGAUAAAGAAAGGAGGUUACAACAGAAUGCCGUCGAAAUCAGACCCGUUAUGACACCCGCGGCGUCGCCGUCGCAGCAAGUGGUAGUGGUGUCGGUUCCGGAGCGCGUGGUGGUGGUGGAGCCGAACUCGCUGGCGGCCGCCGCGGGACUCGUCACCGUCACCACCACGCACCCGCCUGUGCUCAGCACCGCCGCGCCUUUACCGCCAAACGCCGUGACGAUAUCCACGACGCCGCCCAUCGCGGACGAAGUGGUAAUCGUGGGCGCCGGCUCGUCCUCCGACGACGACUGCUUCGCGCCUUCAUCGCUUGACUCGUUAGACUGCAGCAAUUCAUACAGCGAGAAGGGUCGCGGUCGGCGGCUAGACAGCAGCGAAGUAUUGAUCCUCAGCCCAGGCGCCGCCGGUACCGACUCUGGAGUCUUCGACGACAGCGCCACGAACACUCUUAACUUGGACACGUCGCACGUAUCCGUCGUGACUGUUGGCAACGAGGAAGUGCGCGUGCGCGACUCGGCCGCCACGCACAUCGAGCUCGGCGUCGGACACACGGCGCCGCGGCUCAGCCCCGACAGCUUCGAUAGUAGACGGUCCGCGUCUGACAGCGGGUCGGUGGCGUCGUCAUCGUCGCGCGCCGCCCCGGACGCGGACUCGCUCGCCACCUCCGCCACGUCGGCCACGAGCGCCACCUCCGUCAGCCACGAGGACCGCUCACAUCCACACCAUAACGGCGGCGCCAGAGUGAAUACAGAUCAAAGUCUGGACAACGGAGAUCAGGUCGUAUUGAGAAGGAAACCUCAAGAGAGUCAGCAAGUCAACAGGAUACAGAGAUCAAAAGAAGAUAUCCAUAUGGCUAACCUAAAGAAAAAGACGCGGAAACGAACGAGAAAGUUCGAGAUCGACGGCGUCAUCGUCACCACAACCACUUCAAAGGUGAUAUGGGGAGACGAGGAAAGCGGUCGCACGUGGGACGACCACGCACUCCGCAAGCAAGAGUUGCGUGAGAUUAAAAUGCUGCAAAAACAGGAGCAGAAACAAUUCCAGGACCUUAACGCCAAGGAGCAGCAGCUUCGAGAACAACAGGAUAAAAGGUUCGAGGCGGAGCUGUCGUCGCUGUCGCGCGCGCACGAGGCCGACCUGGAGACGCUCGCGCGGGCGCAGCGCGGCGCCGCCGAGCGCGCCGAGCAGACCCUCGAGGGCGAGCUGCGCGCCGCCGCCAAGAGGCUGCGCGCCGACCACGAGCGCGAGCUUCGCCACUUCCGCGACUCGCUCAAGCAGGAGCUGCGUCUGCUCAAGCAGGAGGUCGAGCUGCUCGCCAAGGAGCGCCGCAAGGACGCCUACCGCGCCCGCCGCGCCCUCCUCGACGCCGAGCACCAGGAGCGAGAGCGCGCCUUCGUCGCGGCGCUGGCCGACAGUGCCGACGGCGUGCUGCGCCGUCUGCACGACGCGCACCGUGAGCGACAGGCUCUGGCCGACCGCCAGUACCUGCAGCAGCGCCACCAGAUCAUGCGCACGCGCGAGGCGGCGCUCUGGGAGCUCGAGGAGAAACAGAUCCACGAGCGGUAUCAACUCGCCAAGCGACAACUCAAGGACGAGUUCCUGCUGCGCCGACAGCAAAUGCUCGUGCGACACGACAAGGAACUCGAACAGAUCAAACGAAAGAACAGUCGCAAGGAGGAGGAGCUGGCCAAGUGUCAGGCACUCGAAAAGCGCUCGUUGCCGAAGCGCAUCCGCGCCGAGCAGAAGGCGCGAGAGAUGAUGUUCCGCGAGUCGCUGAGGAUCAGCACUGCGCCGCAGAACCACGAAGACGAUCGCGAGCGGCUUAAGAAAUUCCAGGAGAACGAGAAGCGACGGUACCGAGCCGAGCAGCAGCGGCUGGCGACCAAGCACGCUAAGGCGCGGGAAGAACUCAAAGCGGCCGGAGAGGCGCUGCUCCGCGAACUGGAGCAAUUCCAGAACGAAAAGCGCAAGGCGCUGAUGAACCACGAGAGCAACAAGAUGAAGGCGCUGGAGGAGCGAUAUGCGCUCGAGCUCAAGGAGUGGCGCGCCACGCUCGCCGACAGGAAGAUGACGCUCGUCUCGGUGUUCGAGAAACAGCUCGACGAUCACGAAAAGAAAUUCGGCAAGCCGAUACCAGACCGCAGCGUGUACCUGGACGUGCCCUGGCCCAAGAACGUGUUGCAGCACGUGCUCAGCAACUAUCACCAGCGGACGUCGCUCAUCGGGUCCCUGUCACGCUCCAGGACUAGUCUUAAUCUUAUAUCUAGCGGCAACAGCAAGAACGGCUCCGGCCACAAAGAGAUGUAUGACACCCGCGGCGCCAAGUCAGCCGCCUCCAGCGCCACAAACACCGGCCGCCGCAGCAAACUGUCCCGGGCGAACCGCUACGCUUCCACCUCCAACUUGCGACUGGUUUCAGAGAAAAUAUCGGGCUUUUCUGUAUUCGCACCUGGAGUACCUAUACGCGAACCGAUCAUGGCGUACGGACGCGAGUUCGACGACAGCAGUAGCGAAGGUAGUGAACGCGGCAUCAUGAAGCGGAGUAUGUCUCAGCAGAGCCUCAAACGGGACGUGGCCAUGGAGGCGGUGGUGAUCGACCUGCCCAGCCUCGAGAACAGCGACGGCAGCGAGGCGGGGUCGCUGCGCAGCCGCUGGGGCCCGGUGCGGGGCUCCAACUCGUACGGGGCGCGGGCGGCGGGCGGCGCCGGCGCGGGGGACGUGCCCGUGGCGCAGCUCUCCACGCUGGACCUGCGCCGCGCCGCUAGAGACUCGCACGUCUAACUCACUUCCCCCUGCAUCUUCCAAACUUGUUAUUGUUACAUAGUAUGUCAUGGAUUUUUAAUGUUGAUAUUUUUAUAUUUAGAUUAUUAUUUAUAUAAAUGGCUUACGUCAGUUUAUUAUUUAAACUCGGUUUAUAUUUAUUUGUAGAGAUCGUGUGAAUUUUAUGAAUAUAACCAAUACAUCUUGAUAAAGUAUCAGUCAGAAAAACAAAUUUAGAUAUAUGUAUAGUCUAUAACAUUCCUUAAGUAGGUAUAUUGCAAUAUUUAAACUGAUUGGUUUAGUUUUGGGUUUUGUGGUUAAACUCGUAAAGAAGUAUUCAUACUGCUUCGCCCUCACACGCUGAAGUCGAAGUACUCGCAGUGAGCAUAUAAUCAUUUUAGAAAUUAUAAUGUGACGUGUUUUACCUGUUCCCUACUUACGUGCCUAGUUACUUAGUUCGUUUUCUUCGUUUAUAUUUUGUAUGAUAGCAUUUACCUUUUUAUUUAUAAGGGGUCCUUCGAGCCGGACAGUAUUAAUGGACAUUUGCCAAGAUACCCUCUUUGUCAGUUCCACUUUGACAUGUGUCUGAAAUUUUAUUAAUUUAUAUAAUUUUUAAUAUCAAUAAAUGUAAAUGUUUAACAUUAGUUGCCGAACUAUCGGCUAGUUACACAAGAAAUCGUAUGUUCAUCAGCUAGUAUGUGCGUGUUGAUAUUCGUUGAUGAAGGGAUACAGACAGUCUGAGUGGUGCCGCGAGGGCGUCGGCUGAGGGGCGGCGCUCGCGACACCGCGCCGUCUGUGUGUCCCCUCGCCAAUAAUGUAUAUGUAAAUAAACAUGUUACGUUUG